AUGUCGUUUGAUCCCACCGGCCGGUACAAGGGGAACAAUUUUGACCCCAACUAUGCCGCCAAGAGAAAAGCAAAAAUGGAGCAGCAGCAACAGUAUCCGCAGCGAUUCCGGAAGGAUAACUACGAUCAACGCCCGCGCGACAAUGGUUACAACUCGCGUAACGAACGCGAUGGACGCGGUUGGCAGGGACCUUCGUCGCUAGACUACGGCGACAGCGGAACAAACAGCUACAGCACUCCCCGUCGUGACACGCAGUGGGAUAAUCACGGGAAUCGCGCGCCGGCUUCCUCUCACCGUCCCCACAACACGACCUCCUCCGGACCUCAGAACCCUACUCGCCAACAAAAGUCGCCCGCCUCUGCGACGCCUCGAACCUUGGGAGACACUCACAUCGACUCUUGCUCCACCGACAAGCGAGGCUUGGAUGCUGCCCUGAAAGAUCUAAAUGAUCUUGUAGGACUCGAGCCUGCAGCGUUGGCUGCAAACGGCACCGCUGGAGCCGGUGCAGCCACUGGCCCCGGUGAGUUGAGUUCUCUCGAGAAGUUGAAACUCUUCAAAGCGCAGGUGGAGGCUAGCCGCGCCGCUCGGAGUACUGAUGCUUCCUCGACAGCCAUCACGCAAGUCGCCGAGUCCUUUUUGCAGCGGGAGACUUCGUCUAAUGGUGCUGAGCCUAAGACCACGCCAACGAACGAUAAAGCUCAGGCUUUGAAGGCAAAGCUGAAGGCCUUGAAACAGCAGAAAGGAGGUUCAGUGAAGGACAAUUCCCAAUCCAAGGGACAAGAAAGCGCAUCAAAAGCUCAGGCUUCAUCCCCGCAGGUUGCUGUCGCCCAGUCAACGACUCAGUCGGUAGCCGAGUCGGGCAGAUCGACAACCCAAUCGUAUGCCGAUGUUGCGCGCGAUCACCCGAGGAGACGAUCCGCGUCGCCCAGAGGACGAGCCGCGUCGCCCACUCGGUAUUCUCGCACGGAAGCCCCUUACCGUCGAGCCAAUAAAGAGUAUGCUGACCAGCCUCCGGAAUACUCGGGACCUCGAAACCGCCGAGACGAAGUGGUGAGAUACGAUCGAUCCAACACCGAGACCCCGAGGCCGACUCGUGCGACUGUAAUCCCUCAUACGCCCAUGCCCGUUUCAUCAACGUCUAUCAACUUGGUGGUGAAAACCCUUGAAGUCAUCAAGGCUCAGGUCGAGCAGCUGGAGGUGUUGAUUCAGCCCAUCUUGGACUCGCAGGCUGCUGGCGACAGCUCUCCGGCGGUUCGACAACUGGCACCCGCCACAGAGAUGCCCCCACCUCCGGCCCCAACGCAUCAACGCAGGUCUUCCUUUGACUCCUACGAGCAAAGCAUGUAUAAGCGGCGUUCGACCUAUUACGACGAUGAUGACGGAGGCUAUAAUCGCAGUACUCCGACUAGAGGAGGGUACCAGAAGAGCCGAGGCGGGGCAGGCGGGGGAAGAGGAGGAUACAACCACCGCAAGUACGACUAUGAGGGGCGUGAUGGGUACAAGCGAUAUUAG